GUAUUAAGCUUAGAUUGAAUAACAAGCAGAAAAAGGACAAGUAAUAAGCAGUAGACAGUAGUCUUAUUGGUUUAGUGUAGACUCGAUAUUUGUUAUAACUUAAAGUCAACAGAGGGCUAAUUGGGUCAAUUCGCGAGACAGUCUUAGAACUAAAGGGAAAGGUUGAAAUCCCUAAUCUAAAACACUCUCAUACAGCCGUCCAAAUCCUUUUCUCUCUGUCUCGCCUCACUAAAACACGAACAAGAAAAGGGAACCCUAGCUCUAAUGUCGAUCUCCUUCCCGCCUCUCGUCUUCCAUCGUUGUUCUCAUUAGGCCAGAGUAAAAGGAAAUAACAAAUCGACUCUCCUUCUUCUCUCGACCUCAACCUGCCGAUCCGGGAUUGAAAAUUUCAACGACGAUGACAAAAACGACGGCGUCCGGGAGAUGAGCGAACGGUGAGUGGUUUUCAACCAUUGCAUGUUUAGAUUUGGGUUUCUAGGGUUAUUUGGAGUUCUAAUCAUUUUCCAUUUUAUUUUUGGGUUUCGACGAAAGUCGCCGGCGGGGAGGAGGCUUACCACCAGCGACUGGCGCGGGAGUAGUCGCCGUCGGUGAGAACUCCGGCGACAGGUAAGGGUACUGUGAGUUUGCUUGUGAUAAUGUAUGCUAAGGGUGGUUUUAGUAAAAAUGGGUUCAGAUUAGAGGGAAGCCCAAAAUACCUUCCAACAAUGGAGUCUUGUUCUUGUGUCUAGUUUUUAGUUGUGUUUGUCAAAUCUGACUUUCGAUGACGAUGAGCUUUGCUGUUGGUUUGAGCUUUUAUACUAGGUGGAAACACUAGUAAAAUUUAAACAAGUAAAUGCAAAACAGGAAAGAUAAUCAAGUGUGUUUUUGUUAUGAUAUGCUUGCAUAACAAAGCUUAUUAAUAAGAGCAAACAAAGAGUAAAGAACCAAAGAUUUGACUUUGAUUUCUUUGGUUCAUUAAUGGUUAUUACCAUCUUGUUAACUGAUUGGUGUUAGAUUGGUGUUUGGUUCGUAUUUCGGUUCCUGAUGGUUUGAUAAUUUUGAUAACGAAAAUCUGUGUUUAGAACUGGGUUGUGGGACUUGGAACUACAAGACAAUGCAGAAUUUCAGUUUAGAGUUCCAGAUUUUGUUAGAAUGAACAGAUUGGAAAAUUAGCUUCUAAAGACCAUAAACACUGCUAUUGCUUGCUUGUACUUUGUCUUAAUUAUUUUAGUGUCAAAUUUGAGUUGUUAUGGUUGAAAAUGGAAAGAUGUGGACCUGCUUAUGUUGGCCAAAUCUGAGUUUUGGUUGCUUUUGAUAUUGACACUUGGAUUGACUCGGGUAUGAAUUUAAAAGCAAAACAAUUAUGAUAAAGGAAAGAAAACAACUUUAGGUUGCUUUGUGAAAUGCGUAAACAUAGAAGAAAUGUAGAGAAGUUGUAAAUAAAGCAAUAGAUCUGAUUUUGCCUUUGUUAGUAAUUUUUGUAGCAGUGAUAUUGCUAUUUUAUCAUUUGCCUGGACAUUCUAAUGAGUUUUACAUAGUAGAGAAACAAGAUGAUUAUGGAUGAUAUUGAACUGAUUAUUGAGUUUUUGUGUUACCAACCGUUGUUUGAGGUUUGGGCCCGAAAUGCCCGCCUCAACCCCGUUACACCUUCGCCCACCAUAUUUGACUUGUGGAAUAGUUCUAAUUUUAAGGACCUAUUUGGUUAUUUCUAACUAGAGACGAGGGAAGAUGAUGAGCAGAAGUGAGUCGUGGCUGCAGUUCGAAAUAGGCGAGGGAAGAUGAUGAGUAGAACUGAGUGGAUUUGUGCUAUAAACUGAGUUUUCAGCACCGGAGUGGCUGGCAUCAGUCUUCCAGCACGGAUCGUCAGUCGAACUUGCCCUUCAUUCAUAAUCAAAUUGGAAUGGCAAGAGUGUCUUUUUCUGCUAAACGUGUUAUCGGGGACCUUCCUUUCCUCGACUCUUCGCCCUUUGCCAGACUAUUGGAUUCUUGUGUUGCGUCCAGGUCCUCGACAGAUACCCGUCGUGUCCAUGCGAGUAUCAUCAAAUCUCGGUUUGCAUUCGAAGUUUUUAUCCAGAAUAAGCUCAUUGAUGCGUAUGGAAAGUGUGGUUGUGUGGGGGAUGCUCGGAAACUAUUCGAUAGAAUGCCCGUCAGAAAUACUUUCACCUGGAACUCAAUUGUGAGCACUUUAUUGAAGUUGGGUUUCCUUGAUGAGGGUGUGCGGUUAUUUGAGGCUAUUCCUCGGCCAGAUCAGUGCUCAUGGAAUAUAAUGGUUGCUGGUUUUGCACAACAUGAUGAGCUCCAACAAGCUCUGGGUUAUUUUGUUGGGAUGCAUAGGGAAACUUUUGUGGUUAAUGAAUAUUCUUUCGGCAGUGGUCUAAGUGCUUGUGCAGGUCUGAAGGACCUUAAAAUGGGUACCCAACUUCAUGCUUUGGUCUUCAAAUGUCACUACUAUGUUGAUGUAUAUAUGGGUUCCGCUCUGGUUGAUAUGUAUUCUAAAUGUGGUGUUGUGGAUUGUGCUCUGAAGGUUUUUGAUGAGAUGAAGGAAAGAAACAUUGUUUCUUGGAAUAGCUUGAUCACUUGUUAUGAACAAAAUGGUCCAGCAAGGAAAGCUUUAGAUGUGUUUGUUAGAAUGAUGGAGAGUUCCUUCGAACCAGAUGAAGUUACUCUGGCUAGUGUGGUUAGUGCGUGUGCAACCAUGGCGGCAUUGAAGCAUGGUAUGGAGAUACACACUCGUGUAGUGAAAUCUUAUAAAUUGCGAGGUGACCUUAUUCUAGGAAAUGCAUUGGUGGAUAUGUAUGCAAAAUGUGGUAAGAUUAGUGAAGCUAGACGUGUUUUUGAUAGGAUCCUUGUGAGGAAUGUGGUGUCUGAAACAUCUAUGUUGAGUGGUUAUGCUAAAGUUGCAAGUUUUAAAUGUGCAAAACUGAUAUUCACAAAGAUGAUGGAAAGGAAUGUGGUGUCCUGGAAUGCUCUGAUUGCAGGCUAUACUCAGAAUGAUGAGAAUGAGGAGGCGCUCAAACUCUUUUGUAUGCUGAAACGGGAAUCUAUUUUCCCAACUCACUACACCUUUGGUAAUUUACUGAAUGCUUGUGCCAAUCUCGCUGAUCUGCAGGUUGGCCGGCAGGCCCAUGCUCAUGCUUUGAAGCAUGGAUUUGGGUUUCAAUUUAAUGAAGAUCCAGAUACUUUUGUCGGGAACUCACUUAUAGACAUGUACAUGAAAUGUGCAUCGGUUGAAGAAGGUCGUCAGGUUUUCAGAAGCAUGGUUGAAAAGGAUGUUGUAUCGUGGAAUGCUAUGAUUGUAGGGUGUGCACAGAAUGGGAAUGGGCUAGAGGCUCUUGCUCUAUUUAAAGAAAUGCUUGUGUUUGAAGAGAAACCAGAUCAUGUCACUAUGAUCGGUGUUUUGUGUGCUUGCAGUCAUGCAGGACUUAUUGAGGAGGGACGUCGCUACUUUCUCUCCAUGACAAGGGACUAUGGGUUGGUGCCAAUGAAGGACCAUUACACAUGUAUGGUAGACUUACUUGGUCGAGCAGGUCAUCUAGAUGAAGCCAAGAGUUUGAUAGAGACAAUGCCUGUAAAGCCCGAUGCAGUUGUAUGGGGUUCUUUGCUUGGUGCAUGUAAAGUGAGUCGCAAUAUUACUCUAGGGAAGUAUGUUGCAGAAAAACUUUUGGAGAUUGAUCCCACAAAUUCUGCACCUUAUGUUCUUCUUUCAAAUAUGUAUGCCGAGCAUGGCAAAUGGGGGGAUGUUCGAAAAGUGAGAAACAUGAUGAGACAUCAUGGAGUUAUUAAACAGCCUGGUUACAGUUGGAUUGAGAUCAUGGGUGACAUGCAUACUUUCAUGGUGAAAGAUAAAAGGCAUCCACAGAAGAGGGAGAUUUUUUCAGUGUUAAAAGACUUAACUGAGCAGAUGAAGCUAGCUGGAUAUAUUCCAUCAAUGGUUUAACGUCUACAACUUGACUUCUCCAUUGAAGGUCUGACUAUUCAUUAUCUUAAAUGUAUUAGAUUUGCAGAUGUUCUUUGUGAUGUUGUCUAAUUGAAAAAUCUUACUGUUAAUAUUUCAGCUGGUGUUCGAAAAGUAUUCAUUCCAACAAAUAUGUGGCUCAUUGGGGUUGCUAGCAAAGGUGAGUAGAUAAUGUUCUGUGUGUUUCAUUCCUGCUGAACAUACAGCUCAUGGUUAUUAGCAUUCUUAUUUAUCUCACAGAAAUGUUAUCUCUUUAAUAUGGCAGUAACAACAUCAUGGCUUGGAUAUUGUUGUAUUGUCUAUAUUUUUCGUUUGUUAUUCCAUACCACAGGUAACUUGCCACACUGGUUCUUCUACAUUGACCUGUGACCAUACAUUGUUAGAUAAGAUUAGGACCUAUUGAUAUUUUAUGCUUCUGCAGUUCGGAACAAUAUAUUUUCUUUUGUCAGGGCUUUGGUUACUAUGCCGUCUCUUCUAGCUUCUCUUUCUCUUUUAUCGAUUUACACAUGUUGAACUAUUUGUUGGAGGAUUUUCAAUGGUUAGUUUGCCUUCCCUCCAACUUCCUGCGCCCAUUCAUAGUAACGACCUGUCCCCUUAAACAUCAUGUUAAAAAACACCAUUGCGUUCUUUUUAAUGAAGGGAAAGAUGCCACAGACAAUUUCGAGGACAUUGGGCACAACCAAGACGCGAGGGACCAGCUGAAAACCUUCUGCAUAGGAGAGCUAGAUACAUCGACUGCACCACCAGCCAUCCCAUAACUCACAAUUGUCUCCAAAGGCCAGACAUCAUCAGAUACCGUGAAGAAGCUCAAGGACUUGACGAAACAGUACUGGGUUGUACCUGUAGCAGUAGUCGGCAUCUCUGCGGUGGUUGGCGGCAUCUUGUACUCGUGUAAGAAGUAGAAUCCUUCCCUUCUAUGACAACACCUCUCUAUCAGUUUCUUAGAAUGUUGCCGCAACAAAAAUUUUGGAACUACUGCACAAUGAUUAUUUGGAAAGUGGCUCUCAUCUCCAUCAUUUCCUGUAGUUUUUACUUUUUACUUUGUUACAAUUCGAUUGUCCAGCAAGAUUGAAUCAUAUGAAUGAGUGCUGAUAGAAGCUUUAAUUAUGGUUUGGGAUGGAUCAUUUGAUGUCGGUAUGGUUUCUCUUGUAUUUAGAGGAGGCAUAUACUAAUGGUUGUUGACGCCUAGAUUUGAUUGUCAUUAAUAGUUGGGUGAGCAUCCUGAGGAUUGUUACAGAUGAUAAUUACCAAUUUGGAAUCGAACAACUGUG